UCCAAGGUACGCACUUUUUUUCAAAGCAGCCUCUACGUCAAUUUAUUGGUUCGUUGUGCGUGCGUGCAUUCUGCUCAUGCGUGCUGAGACCCAGCAGAGCUGCUCUUCACUGCGCUCUCAGACGCUCAGUGUCAGUAAGUGAGUACAAAGCCAACCCGUCAGAGCUCCAGCAGUAACAGCAGCAGCAGCAUCCGCUGCAGCAGCAGCAGCAGCAGCAGUUCGAGGUGUUCUCUCCAGAAACCACAGACAUGGACCGAACCAUCGGCGUCUCCUUCUUGGAUCCCUUGGAGGAUUAUGAGUUAAUUCAGCGGAUCGGCUGCGGCACCUACGGUGACGUCUUCAAGGCUCGAAACAUCAGGACGUCUGAACUAGCCGCUAUCAAAAUCGUCAAACUGGAUCCUGGUGAUGACAUCACAUCCAUCCAGCAGGAGAUCACCAUGAUGAAGGAGUGCAAGCACAAAAACAUCGUGGCCUACUUCGGCAGCUACCACAGGAACACCAAGCUGUGGAUCUGCAUGGAAUACUGCGGUGGAGGAUCACUACAGGAUAUUUACCACGUGACGGGACCAUUGAGGGAAAAACAAAUCGCCUACGUUUGCAGAGAAACCCUACAGGGUUUGUAUCAUCUGCAUGAAACAGGCAAAAUGCACAGAGACAUAAAGGGAGCGAACAUCCUUUUGACAGAGAGAGGAGACGUCAAACUGGCGGACUUUGGUGUGGCAGCAGAGAUCAGUGCUUCAGUGGCCAAGAGGAAGUCCUUCAUAGGAACUCCCUACUGGAUGGCUCCCGAAGUGGCCGCGGUGGAAAAAAAGGGGGGCUACAACCACUUGUGCGACAUCUGGGCCGCUGGCAUCACUGCUAUCGAGCUGGCCGAGCUCCAGCCACCCAUGUUUGACCUCCACCCAAUGCGAGCCCUCAUGCUGAUGUCCAAGAGCAACUUCCAGCCUCCCAGACUUAAAGAUAAGUCCAAGUGGACCGCGGGUUUUCAAAGCUUUGUGAAGAUGGCUCUGAUCAAAAACCCUCGUAAAAGGCCCUCAGCCGAGACGCUGCUGCAGCAUCCAUUUGUGACGCAACUGCUGACCCGUAACUUGAUCAUCGAGCUGCUGGACAUGGCCAACAACCCCGAUCUCCACUCUACACACACACACAGCCUGGACGAUAACGACCUUGAGGUUGAGGAAAUGGCUCCUGACAAGAUUCAGUCAGCAGGGAAGCGUCUGCCUGUGGAGAGGACAUUGUCUGAAGAGCAAUUUAACCAAAUGAAGUUUGGUCCGCCGCUGAGAAAAGUCACAGAGCCUUAUCCUGAUUUGCAGGGCCAAUAUGACGAUGACUGGAGUCUUUCUGGUGAAGAAGACAACUCUCCGAGCCUGUUGGAAUGUGUGGAACAAGCGCUGCAGCUGAGGAGUUUAACCAUUAGGAGAGCACCAUCUACUGACGGGCUCAGGAAGAGCUGCCUCUUUAGUCCAACCACAGCAUCACUGCCAGCCUUCAGCUCUUUGACCCCAAACUCUGAAGAGGGAGACCCGACGCUGAGGCCGAGCUGUACGCUGGGCCCUGAAGCUGUCAUUACCACUGACUCCCCCUCCACUACAGCCCUGAGCAGGUGCUCAGCCACGCAGGACAUCAGACAGCGCUGCAGUGACCCAGUGAGAGCAGAGAAGAGAAAGUCCACCCCUGUGUCUCCCCCGAAAAGAGACACUCCUCUGUCACCAGAGUGGAGCACGUUGAGAAAGAAGACAGAGGACUCUAGGGCUGAGUGUCAUGGACUUCCUCCUACCCCUCAGGUCCAUAUGGGAGCCUGCUUCUCCAAAGUUUUCAACGGCUGUCCUCUUCACAUCCACUGCGCGUCCACCUGGAUUUUACCCAAGACAAGAGAUCAGUACCUCAUUCUCGGUGCAGAGGAAGGCAUCUACACGCUGAACCUCAACGAACUUCAUGAAGACACAUUAGAAAAGCUGCUCCCUCAGCGAUGUACGUGGCUCUACGUCAUGAACAAUGUGCUGAUGUCCGUCUCAGGAAAGUCGGCGCAGUUGUACUCCCACAGCCUGACGGCUCUGUUCGAGCAGAGAGGACAUCUGCAGAAGAAACACGGCAGCCUGUCGCUAGGCACUAACCGCUUCACUGAGAGGAUCAACACCAGAAAGUUUGCCGUCUCUGCGAAGAUCCCCGACACUAAAGGAUGUAGAACGUGUAGCGUGGCCAGAAACCCGUACACCGACAGCACCUUCCUCUGUGUGGCCGUUCCUUCAGGCUUGGUGCUGCUGCUGUGGUACGAACCUCUGCAGAAGUUCAUGCAUCUGAAGCACAUCUCCCUGAAGCUUCCAGAAACUCUGCCCGUGUUUGAGCUGCUGGUGCUGGUCACAGACGAGUUCCCUCAGCUGUGUGUUGGUGUGAAAGACUGUAGCAACGGCAAACCUUUGAACAGCCAGCAACUCCACUUUGACAUCAUAGAGCUGAAUGGAGCGCCAGUAUCCACACCAGAUGUGGGCGCGCUCAGAGCGGUGCAGGUGACACAGCUGGACAGAGACACUGUUCUCAUUGCUGUAGAAAGAACUGUUCGUAUUGUAAACCUCAGCGGCCUUCCGUCCAAAGAGCUGGCCGCUGAAAUGGUCUUCGACUUCCCCAUCGAAACACUGGUGUGCCUGCAGGACAGCGUGCUGGCCUUCUGGAAACAUGGACUUAAGGGGAAGAGCUUUCAUUCAGAUGAGACGACUCAGGAAAUUACAGAUGAAAGUCGAGUGUUCAGGGUGUUGGGAACAAGCAGGGACAUCAUCCUUCAGAGCACACCAACAGAUGACCCGUCAGCAUUGAGCAACCUGUACAUCCUCACCGGACAUGAGAACAGCUAUUGAGAGAACUUUUUUAAUUACAUUGUUUUUUUUGUUGUUUUUUUUUUUUUAAGUCACGCUGUGGAAAAACACGUACAACAAAUCCCUGUGGCUCUCUACAGUAUGAAUGAUGAUGUCAGUGUGACAUGCAGCCACAUUCUUAUGGACAUACUGUAAAGCACUGAGAGUGACUUGUCGAAAUGCUGCUCGAGUGAGGACUCUUGCUUUUAGUUUUGUUACUGGGAAAUUACAGAUUCACAGCUGUGAUCACAGUCAGAGUAAGUAAAGUAAAAAGGAAGCGAAGUGAUACCUGUGUCUGAAAAAGCUUCACUUCUGUUUGACCUGGAGAGAUAUGUGAAAAAAA